UAGGGUUUUAAAGACAUAGAGGGGGUUGGGGAGGCACAGGUGCUGCUUUGGAGCUGACGUGGUACCGGAACGCCCCUUGCUGGAACUCUACUAGUAAAGUAUGAUUAUAGGAGAUAUCGAACACAUAUCUGCACUCCUGUGUUCACUGCAGUAUUAUUCACAAUAGUCAAGAUACAAAAACAACCUAAAUGUCCAUCAAUGAACAAAUGGAUAAAGAAAAUGGUAUAUAUGUACAGUGGAAUAUUAUUCAGGCUUAAAAAAGAAGCAAAUUCUUCCAUUUGCAACAACAUGAAUGAACCUGAAGGAUACUAUGCUAAGUGAAACAGGCCAGACUCAGAAAGACUGCAUGAUCUCACUUAUAUGUGGAAUCUAAAAUAGUCAAACUGCUCUUUGAUCUCGGCGGCAGAAGCGAGAUGACGAAGGGAACGUCAUCAUUUGGAAAGCGUCGGAAUAAGACGCACAUGUUGUGCUGCCGCUGUGACUCUACGGCCUACCACCUUCAGAAGUCGACCUGUGGCAAAUGUGGCUACCCUGCCAAGCGGAAGAGAAAGUAUAACUGGAGUGCAAAAGCUAAAAGACGAAGUACCACCCGGACUGGUCAAAUGAGGCACCUAAAAAUUGUAUACCGCAGAUUCAGGCAUGGGUUCCGUGAAGGAAAAACACCUAAGUCCAAGAGGGCAGCUGUUGCAGCAACCAGUUCAUCUUAAGGACUUCAAUGACUAGUCGCGCAAUAAAUGUUCUGGUUUUAAAUAAAAAAAUAAAAUAAAAAAGCCAAAUUGAUAGAAGUGGAGGAUACAAUGUUGGUUGCCAGGGAAUGGGUGGAGAGGAAAAAGAGGCAAUGUUGUUCAAAGGGCACAAAGUUUCAACUAUGCAAGAUGAGUAAGUUCUAGAGAUCUAGUGUACAGCAUGGUGACUAUAGUUAAAAAAACUGUACUGUAUAUUUGAAAUAUGCUAAGAGGAUAGAUCUUAACUUAAGUCUUUAUGCCACAAAAGAAAGAAAAGAAAAAAAAAGGAAAAAAAGAAAAUGGUAAUUAUGGAUAUAUUAACUAGUUUGUGGUGAUUUCCCAAUGUAUAUGUAUCAAAACAUCAAGUUGUAUACCUUAAAAAUAUACAUUAUGAAGUCAAUUGUAACUCAAUAAUGCUGUUAAAAAAAGAGAGCCACCUGAGUUUCAACUCUGAUUCUGUUUCUUUUUAAUUCUCUAUGAUUUUUAGCAAGUUACUUAACCUCUCUCUAAACCUAAAGGGUUGUUUUCAAGAUUAAAUGAAAUAAUGUACAGAAUACACUAAGUAUGGAAUCUGGUACUAGGAAAGCACUAAACAAAUAGAACUACAACUUCUACUACCUCCCCCCUUAGAUUGCUCUAGAUCUGUGCACUGCCCAAGAUAGCAGCCACUAGCCACAUGAGGC